CCGCUGCGCCUCCUCCCGAGGCAUGCUGGGAGCCUGGAGGACUAGCGAGGAGGAGUUGAGAGAACGGAGCGGACGCCAUGGCGACCAACAUCGAGCAGAUAUUUAGGUCUUUCGUGGUCAGUAAAUUCCGGGAAAUUCAACAGGAACUUUCCAGUGGAAGGAGUGAAGGUCAGCUCAAUGGUGAAACAAAUACACCUAUUGAAGGAAACCAGGCAGGUGAUGCAGCUGCCUCUGCCAGGAGCCUACCAAAUGAAGAAAUAGUGCAGAAGAUAGAGGAAGUACUUUCUGGGGUCUUGGAUACAGAACUACGAUAUAAGCCAGACUUGAAGGAGGCCUCCAGGAAAAGUAGAUGUGUGUCUGUACAAACAGAUCCUACUGAUGAAAUACCCAGCAAAAAGUCAAAGAAGCACAAAAAGCACAAAAAUAAAAAGAAGAAAAAGAAGAAAGAAAAGGAAAAAAAGUAUAAAAGACAGCCAGAAGAAUCUGAAUCCAAGCUGAAAUCACAUCAUGACGGGAACAUAGAUUUAGAAUCAGAUUCCUUUUUGAAGUUUGAUUCUGAACCUUCAGCUAUGGCACUGGAGCAUCCUGUAAGAGCGUUUGGCCUAUCUGAGACUAGUGAAUCUUCUGCAGUUGUGCUAGAACCUCCUGUAGUAUCAAUGGAGGUAUCAGAGCCACACACCUUAGAGACUCUGAAGCCAGCUAUGAAAACUGCAGAACUGUCAGUUGCAUCUACAUCAGUAAUCUCAGUGCAGUCAGAGCAGUCUGUGGCAGUAACGCUGGAACCAUCCUUGACAAAGAUUGUGGAUCCCUUUGCAACAGCACCAGUGCCUACUACAACAGUAGUGCUGAAGACGUCUGAGCCGGUUGUAACAAUGUCAGUGGAGUAUCAGAUGAAGUCUGUGCUGAAAUCUUUGGAGAGCACACCUCCAGAGCCAUCAAAGAUCAUGUUCUUAGAGCCUCCAGUAGCAAAAGUGCUAGAGCCAUCAGAAACCCUCGCGGUAUCAUCAGAGACACCUACUGAGGUGCACCCAGAACCAAGCACAUCAACAACAAUGGAUUUUCCAGAGUCAUCUGCAACUGAAGUGCUCAGAUUGCCAGAGCAGCCUGUAGAAGUACCAUCGGAGAUUGCAGAUUCAUCCAUGACAAGACCACAGGAGUUGCUGGAGCUGCCCAAGACCACAGCGUUGGAGCUGCCGGAGUCGUCGGUGGCCUCAGCGAUGGAGUUGCCGGGGCCACCUGCGACCUCCAUGCUGGAGUUGCAGGGGCCCCCUGUGACUCCAGUGCUGGAGUUACCUGGGCCCUCUGCUACCCCAGUGCCAGAGUUGCCAGGGCCCCUUUCUACCCCAGUGCCUGAGUUGCUAGGGCCCCCUGCGACAGCAGUGCCUGAGUUGCCGGGGCCCUCUGUGACAUCAGUGCCACAGUUGUCGCAGGAAUUGCCGGGGCUUCCAGCACCAUCUAUGGGGUUGGAGCCACCACAGGAGGUACCAGAGCCACCUGUGAUGGCACAGGAGUUGCCAGGGCUGCCUGCGGUGACAGCAGCAGUAGAGUUGCCAGGUCAGCCUGCAGUUACCGUAGCAAUGGAGUUGACCGAACAACCUGUGACGACGACAGAGUUGGAGCAGCCUGUGGGGAUGACAACGAUGGAACAUCCUGGGCAGCCUGAGGUGACAACGGCAUCAGGGUUGCUGGGGCAGCCUGAGGCAGCGAUGGUGCUGGAGUUGCCAGGACAGCCAGUGGCAACAACAGCGCUGGAGUUGUCAGGGCAGCCUUCGGUGACUGGGGUGCCAGAGUUGCCAGGGCUGCCUUCGGCAACUAGGGCACUGGAGUUGUCGGGGCAGCCUGUGGCAACUGGGGCACUGGAGUUGCCUGGGCAGCUCAUGGCAGCUGGGGCACUGGAAUUCUCGGGGCAGUCUGGGGCAGCUGGAGCACUGGAGCUUUUGGGGCAGCCUCUGGCAACCGGGGUGCUGGAGUUGCCAGGGCAGCCUGGGGCGCCAGAGUUGCCUGGGCAGCCUGUGGCAACUGUGGCGCUGGAGAUCUCUGUCCAGUCUGUGGUGACAACAACGGAGCUGUCAACGAUGACGGUGUCGCAGUCCCUGGAGGUGCCCUCGACGACAGCGCUGGAAUCCUAUAAUACGGUAGCACAGGAGCUGCCUGCUACGUUAGUGGGGGAGACUUCUGUAACAGUAGGAGUGGAUCCCUUGAUGGCCCAAGAAUCCCAUAUGUUAGCUUCUAACACCAUGGAGACCCAUAUGUUAGCGUCCAACACCAUGGACUCCCAAAUGCUAGCGUCCAAUACCAUGGACUCCCAGAUGCUAGCGUCCAACACCAUGGACUCCCAGAUGUUAGCCUCUAGCACCAUGGACUCCCAGAUGUUAGCAACUAGCUCCAUGGACUCCCAGAUGUUAGCAACCAGCUCCAUGGACUCCCAGAUGUUAGCAACCAGCUCCAUGGACUCCCAGAUGUUAGCAACCAGCUCCAUGGACUCCCAGAUGUUAGCAACCAGCUCCAUGGACUCCCAGAUGUUAGCAACCAGCUCCAUGGACUCCCAGAUGUUAGCAACCAGCUCCAUGGACUCCCAGAUGUUAGCAACCAGCACCAUGGACUCCCAGAUGUUAGCAACCAGCACCAUGGACUCCCAGAUGUUAGCAACUAGCUCUAUGGAUUCCCAGAUGUUAGCGUCUGGCACUAUGGACUCUCAAAUGUUAGCUUCCGGCACCAUGGAUGCUCAGAUGUUAGCGUCUGGUACCAUGGAUGCCCAGAUGUUAGCAUCUAGUUCCCAAGAUUCUGCUAUGUUGGGUUCAAAAUCUCCUGAUCCCUACAGGUUAGCUCAGGAUCCUUACAGGUUAGCUCAGGAUCCCUAUAGGUUAGGUCAUGACCCUUAUAGGUUGGGUCAUGACGCCUACAGGUUAGGGCAGGACCCCUAUAGAUUAGGCCAUGAUCCCUAUAGACUAACUCCUGAUCCCUAUAGGAUGUCACCUAGACCCUAUAGAAUAGCACCCAGGUCUUAUAGAAUAGCCCCCAGGCCAUAUAGGUUAGCACCUAGACCCCUGAUGUUAGCAUCUAGACGUUCUAUGAUGAUGUCCUAUGCUGCAGAACGUUCCAUGAUGUCGUCUUAUGAACGCUCUAUGAUGUCUUAUGAGCGGUCUAUGAUGUCCCCUAUGGCUGAACGCUCUAUGAUGUCAGCCUAUGAGCGCUCUAUGAUGUCAGCUUAUGAGCGCUCUAUGAUGUCCCCUAUGGCCGAACGCUCUAUGAUGUCAGCUUACGAGCGCUCUAUGAUGUCAGCUUACGAGCGCUCCAUGAUGUCCCCGAUGGCUGACCGAUCUAUGAUGUCCAUGGGUGCCGACCGGUCUAUGAUGUCAUCGUACUCUGCUGCUGACCGGUCUAUGAUGUCAUCGUACUCUGCAGCUGACCGAUCUAUGAUGUCAUCUUAUACUGCUGAUCGUUCAAUGAUGUCUAUGGCAGCUGAUUCUUACACCGAUUCUUAUACUGAUACAUAUACGGAGGCAUAUAUGGUGCCACCUUUGCCUCCUGAAGAGCCUCCAACAAUGCCACCAUUGCCACCUGAGGAGCCACCAAUGACACCACCAUUGCCUCCUGAGGAACCACCAGAGGGUCCGGCAUUACCCACUGAGCAGUCAACAUUAACAGCUGAAAAUACUUGGCCUACUGAAGUGUCAGCAUUACCUCCUGAAGAGUCUGUAUCGCUGCCUGAACCUCCUGUGAGUCAAAGUGAGAUUUCAGAACCUUCGGCAGUGCCUGCUAAUUAUUCAGUGUCAGCAUCAGAGCCUUCAGUGUUAGCAUCAGAGGCUACUGUGACUGUUCCAGAACCACCACUAGAGCCAGAGUCUUCAGUUAUGUCAACACCUAUGGAGUCUGCUGUAGUAGCAGAAGAGCAUGAGAUUGUUCCAGAGAGACCGGUGACUUACAUGGUCUCUGAAACUCCCGUAAUGUCAGCUGAACCGGCUGUGUUAACAUCAGAGCCUUCUAUUAUGUCAGAGACAGCAGAAACCUUUGAUUCCGUGAGAGCUUCAGGACAUGUUGCCUCAGAGGUAUCUAUGUCCCUCUUGGAUCCUGCAGUAACUAUUCCAGAGCCAUCACAGAGCACUCUAGAGCUUCCAGCCACAGCUGUCUCAGAGCUACCAGCUGUGGCUGUUCCGGAACCACCAGCUGGGACUGUCCCAGAGCCCCCAGCCAUGGCUGUCCUGGAGCCACCAGCUGUGGCUGUCCCAGAGCCACCAGCUGAUGCUGUCAUGGAGCCUCUGGCCCUGGCUGAGACAGAGCAUGUUACCGUUCCUGUGCCAGUUGUUUCUGCCCUGGAGCCUACUGUUCCUAUCCUGGAAACAGGAGUUUCUGUCCUUCAGCCUAACGUGAUUGUUUCAGAGCCAUCUGUUUCUGUCCAAGAAUCUGCUGUGACAGUUUCAGAACCCGCUGUUACUGUCUCAGAGCAGACUCAAGUAAUACCAGCUGAGAUGAUGUUAGAGUCUACACCAAUGAUUCUGGAAUCUAGUGUCAUAAAAGGAAUGAAUUUACUAUCUGGUGAUCAAAAUCUUGCUCCAGAGAUUGGCUUGCAGGAGAUUCCCAUGCAUUCAGAUGAAGAGCCACAUGCUGAAGGACACCUGAAGAAUGACUCUUAUGAAAGUAAACAUGGUAUAAAUGUAGACCUUAAUAUAAAUAAUCAUCUAAUUGCUAAAGAGAUGGAACACAACGCAGUGUCUGCUAUCAGCACUGGUGCUGUUGGUGAAAUUGGUGAAGAGAGAAUUUUGCCCAGCAGUGAGACUAAACAAUGCACAGUGUUGGAUACCUGCCCUAUUGUUAGUGAAACUGAUGGGGGAGGAACUGGUCCCCUUGCUCUUGAACCUGAUGCAUUGGGAACUAGUAAAGGUAUUGAAUUUGCCACAGCAUCUGCUCUUAGUUCAGUUAGUAAAUAUUAUGUUGAAGUAUCUUUGACUACGCAAGAUACUGAACAUGACAUGGUAAUUUCCAGCAGCCCCAGUGGUGGUAGUGAACCUGACAUAGAGGGACCUUUGCCUGCUAAAGAUAUUCAUCUUGACUUACCAUCUAAUAAUAACUUUAUUAGUAAGGAUGCAGAAGGACCAUUACCUAUAAAAGAGAGUGACCAGACAUUAGCAGUUGCUCUCAGCCCUAAAGAAAGUAGUGGAGAAGAUAAAGAAGUACCUCUCCCUACUAAAGAGAUAUUGUCUGACUCAGGAUUUCCUGCUAAUAUCGAUGAUAUUAAUGAAGCAGAUUUAGUGAGACCAUUACUUCCUAAGGACAUGGAGCGUCUUACAAGCCUUAGAGCUGGUAUUGAAGGACCUUUACUUGCAAGUGAAGUUGAACGUGACAAAUCUGCUGCCAGUCCAGUUGUAAUUAGUAUACCAGAAAGAGCGUCAGAGUCGUCUUCAGAGGAAAAAGAUGAUUAUGAGAUUGUUGUAAAAGUUAAGGACACACAUGAGAAAAGCAAGAAAAACAAGAACCGUGACAAAGGUGAGAAAGAAAAGAAAAGAGACUCUUCAUUAAGAUCUCGAAGUAAGCGCUCCAAGUCAUCUGAACACAAAUCACGCAAGCGCACCAGUGAAUCUCGUUCUAGGGCAAGAAAGAGAUCAUCUAAAUCCAAGUCUCAUCGCUCUCAAACACGUUCACGGUCACGUUCCAGACGCAGGAGGAGGAGCAGCAGGUCAAGAUCAAAGUCUAGAGGAAGGCGAUCUGUAUCAAAAGAGAAGCGCAAAAGAUCGCCAAAGCACAGAUCCAAGUCCAGGGAAAGAAAAAGAAAAAGAUCAAGCUCCAGGGAUAACCGGAAGACAGUUAGAGCUCGAAGUCGCACCCCCAGUCGUCGGAGUCGGAGUCACACUCCGAGUCGUCGAAGAAGAUCUAGAUCUGCCGGGAGAAGGAGCUUUAGCAUUUCUCCAAGCCGAAGGAGCCGCACCCCCAGCCGAAGGAGCCGCACCCCCAGCCGAAGGAGCCGCACCCCAAGCCGACGGAGCCGUACCCCCAGCCGACGGAGCCGUACCCCCAGCAGACGGAGCCGCACCCCCAGCCGACGGAGCCGCACCCCUAGCCGUCGGAGAAGAUCAAGGUCUGUGGUAAGAAGACGAAGCUUCAGUAUAUCACCAGUCAGAUUAAGGCGGUCACGAACACCCUUGAGAAGAAGGUUUAGCAGAUCUCCCAUCCGUCGUAAACGAUCCAGGUCUUCUGAAAGAGGCAGAUCACCUAAACGUCUGACAGAUUUGAAUAAGGCGCAAUUACUUGAAAUAGCCAAAGCUAAUGCAGCUGCCAUGUGUGCUAAGGCUGGUGUUCCUUUACCGCCAAACCUAAAGCCUGCACCUCCACCUACAAUAGAAGAGAAAGUUGCUAAAAAGUCAGGAGGAGCUACUAUAGAAGAACUAACUGAGAAAUGCAAACAGAUCGCACAGAGUAAAGAAGAUGAUGAUGUAAUAGUGAAUAAGCCUCAUGUUUCGGAUGAAGAGGAAGAAGAACCUCCUUUUUAUCAUCAUCCCUUUAAACUCAGUGAACCCAAACCCAUUUUUUUCAAUCUGAAUAUUGCUGCAGCAAAGCCAACUCCACCAAAAAGCCAGGUAACAUUAACAAAAGAAUUUCCUGUGUCAUCUGGAUCUCAACAUCGAAAAAAAGAAGCAGAUAGUGUUUAUGGAGAGUGGGUUCCUGUAGAGAAAAAUGGUGAAGAAAACAAAGAUGAUGAUAAUGUUUUCAGCAGCAAUUUGCCCUCUGAGGGCCGGGUUAAACGGCAGGGCCGGGUUAGACGACAGAUGAAACAACCCGCAGCUUCUCAUUUGACAGUAACUCGAUGCAAUUCACUUUGUGGAACCAAGCCACAAAGUGAAAAGCAUCGAAUUGCAGAGAACAGUGUUAUCACAUCCCUACCCAACAUUGGGCCCUCCUUGCACUUGUGGGAAGGUAGCCCAAGGUACAACUAUUUAGCUUCCCGUUUUGCUUCAAGGCUCUAUAGCUCUAGAUUUUGGUGGUAGCAAAUUUACUGGGUGGAGGGACUGAGCAGAGAGAGGCAGAUCCUCAGGUUCAACACAAGAACUGGAUUGGAAAAGGUCAUUGUAGGCUUAUGUGAGCAUCUUGGAUACAUAGCCCAUUGCCUUUAAAUAACGGUAAUUUGUUACUAUUUCUCUGGGUUGUUUGUCAGAUAGCCUUUAGUUUUAAUCGUUUUCCCUUCCCUGUGCUACCUUGGCCCUUUUGAAUUCUUGUGUUUAACCUAAUGCUCAGCCUUGGUACUUCAUUUCCCUUCUCCUUCCCCUCUUUGCUACUAUUAAAAGUUGGAGAAGUGGAAUUCACAUCUUAAUUUCCAAGAGGCUAUAGUUGUAUCUUGUCAAAAUGACGCAGUAAUAACACCAAGUGUCAAAACAACCCCAUUAAAAUGCUGCCUGAUUAAAUAAUGUGCUGCUAAAUAUAGUGCACAUGAAAACAGCAAGACUGUAUAUAUAUGUAAAUAUAUAUAUAUAUCUGUAUCUUUGUAUGUAUCUCUGUAUCUGUACCUUUGCUGUAUCUUUUAAUAAACAGUUUACUUUUAUUUAACUUGUUGUGCAAAAUCACGCUUGGGGGAUCUGGGAGGGUGGAGACUUACUAGGGGGGUGGGAGUUUUAAAUGAUACCAUAGACUAGUCAUCACCUCUUGCCCUUGGUUUCCAAAGCCCAGACAUUUGUCCAAGGACUGGACUAGAUAUCUGAUGCCCCUACAGUGUGGGACUUCUUCCCUACUUCCUUUGCUUGCAGCCCUGGGAUAUGUAGGUCAGAGAGACCUGUACUGUUCACCUUCAGGUUCCCUUCAUUGGCCAUAUCAUCUUCUUCCACUAAACACCUCCAAUAUUACAAAUAAAUCCUGUUUAUAAAAUCAGAAAGUGAACAGAACCCAAAUCAGAAACGUUUUUGGUAGUAGUUUUUGUCCCUUAAGCAAUUCACAGGCGACAUUUUCACUGUUUCGUUUUUUUUUUUUUGACCUGCGGCAUUUUAAAAGAGCAAGUUCUUUACAAUGAAGUUGGACAUGAUAACUAACCAGUGCACCUUACAGUCACCAGUGAUGAUCUGUAUUUACAUGAGGUUCAACAGUUGAAGCAAGUUAUACCAUCACCAGUGAGGGAGGGAUAGCUGGUUGGGACAACAAUAUUUUAGUGAAACCAGUUGAGUAGCUCAGUUGCUAAUCCCCACAUCAGGCUACGUGCACAUAUCACGAGGGAAAAGGUUAACUGAUAAUUUGCAACUGACUUAAAUCUUGUAGUAGCUGCAUAUAAACCAUAAGAGGCCUGAACAGACUUAUUUAUAAAUUCUGAUACAUAUGCUUUUAGUAAUUUCUUGCAGAUUAAGCAUUUGACAAAGAGUUGGAAAAAACAUAGGGAGAUUAUUUAUGUGAGAAAAAUUUUCCAAUGGAGUGAAGCCCUAUAAAUAUUGCAAAAUUCCAAGGGAUUUUCCUGCGAAGAUAAGUGACUAUAACUAUUUUAACUUGAGUUGAACAUGGGGAAAGUGCUUAGUGAAUCCUGAUGAUGAUGUUUCUUUUUGGUUGAGAUUUAUAUGUGUGUAUUGAUAUAUAUUUUUGACCUUCAGUACUCAGCCAUUUUCAGUUUUAAAACUGACAGUGAGGUGUCUUAGCCUUAUCUUUUACCAAAACUGAUUGUCAGAUUUUAAUUAAAUGUUGGAGGGAGUUAUUCCAAAGGAAUCCUGGGGGAAAAGGUGGGUAUUCAAUUUUAUAAUAAGGAGUCUUUUAUUAAAGCAGGGGGGAAGAAUUCUGUUCAGAGGGCUAAACAAAUGAAGAUUUCUAUGGAGGGAGGAUAUAUACACCUAUUUGAUAUCAGAACUCUUCAAGCUAGUUUCUUAGAAGAUUAGACUCAGAAAAGACAGGUUAGCUUUAAGCAAAUAUUCCCCAGAUGUUAGGAGGAAAAGAGACAGGAUUUUGUUUUGCUUGCAGGUCUCUGCUUUUACCUAGCAGUAAUAGUAAACACUAGAAGAAAGGUUCACAGUAUAACAUGUUUAAUUCUAGGUAUUUAGCUGUAUCUUACAAAUAUAUUUCUAAGAUUAAUGAUGUAUGAACCAAUGUUUGUGGAAUACCAUUGGUGACAUUUUAUGGGGAUAUUGAUCCUUUUGAUUCCCUGUCGGGUUGAAAUAAAGGCUUUAUAGAGUAAAGGAAAGUUCUUUUAAAUGGUCAAUAUUUUAACUGGAUAGUAUUUUUUACUUUUUUUUACCAAUGGAGUUUGUGGUUCUUUAGUUUUGAACAUAAAACAUUUAGGCAAAGAUCACAGAUUUUAUCUCAGCUUUGCCAUAAUCCUCAAUCCUACCGAUUGUCUUGCACAUGAGUGCUCUUUGACUUAAGUUUUGAGUGGAUAGACGUGGAUGGAUCAACAUAAAUCCGUAUCUUACGGAAUAUCAACUCAUCAGACUGUGCCCUACUGCCAUAGCAUCGUCUUCCUAACCAGAAGCCAGCCAGCAUCAUCCUCAGUAAGGAGUGACUGCAGAACUUUGACCAUAUUUGUGUGAAUUUGAGUUAUGAAAAAUGUUGGAAAACUAAUAUCUUAAAAUUGUCCUCGGGGGCCUUAAUUCUUGGUAAUAAUGUUAGCAAAGGCUUAUUGGGUAGAAGAUUUAAAUGUAAUAUUUGACGUAAAAUUUCCUUCCGUUUAUUAUCAAUCAUCAAUGUUUUAAAGGUCCAGAGGUAGCUCCAUUUAGGUCUAGUGAUUGCUUACAUGUUAAGAUAAUUUUUCUCAGGCAGUGUGCUUGGUUCGUAUUGUUGCAGAAUAGUUCCACAUCCCAGUGGAGCUAAAAUUCUCUUAGGUUUAGAAGCUCUAAAGGUAGAAAGUUUAGGGAAGCUAAGUUUUUUGGGGUGAGAUGAAAAUUUUAAUUGGAAAUUAAACAUAUAGGUUCUGGUGCUAGAGUGUGUUAAGUAUAGCCUUGUUGUUCAUUCUUUUCUUCUUAGAUUCUUCUAGGUGAUUAAUGCUGAAUGUCUUGGAACCAUUUAAUGGGUUAGCUGUUUUCCGGUUAUAAAUCAUUUAGAUUAAAUGUAUAAGUUAACUAAGAGUUGCAUUAGAGAAGUUUAUAUGAUAUAAUAGAAAGGUUCAUAAUUUAUUUUUCAAAACUAACCAAACACA